UUUUGGGUCUGCCAAACUUGCAGCAUGAAAGAGGUGAAGAGCGAACGGGAGCGGGGAAGCCGGCGAAGACACCGUGACGGGGACCUGGGGAUGCCAGCGGCGGCAGUUGUGGUGAAGCAGGAGCGGCUCAGCCCCGAACCCGCACCUGCCGCCCAUCGUCGACCAGACUUUUCCGGCGGUAGCCCGUCGCUGCCGGCCGGAGAGCCCGGCCGUCCUGGCCACCGCAGCAGCAGAGCCCGAGGAGGCAGCCGGUCCCCGGCCAAAAAGAAAAGCAAGUCCUCAGGGAGAAGAAGCAAAUCUCCUCGGAGUAAGAGAAGCCGAAGUCCUCACCACUCGACAGUCAAAGUGAAACAGGAACAUGAGGAUCACCCCCGGAGAGGACGAGAGGAUCGGCAACACCGUGAACCAUCCAAUCAGGAGCACAGAAGGGCUAGGAACAGUGACCGAGACAGACACCGAGGCCAUUCCCGCCAAAAGAGAAGCUCUGGAGAGAGGCCUGGGAGCGGGCCACCUCAGGGAUGGGAGCGAGACAGCCAGAACCUGCAGGCUCAGGAAGAAGAGCGUGAGUUCUACAAUGCCAGGCGGCGUGAGCACCGCCAAAAGAAUGAAGGCAGCGGAAAUGGUAGUGGUGCUCAGGAGUUGGGGCCUCGGCCUGGUGGCAACAAUAAAGACAAAGAGGUGCCUGUGAAAGAAAAACCAAGCUUUGAACUCUCUGGGGCUCUUCUUGAGGACACUAACACUUUUCGGGGUGUAGUCAUUAAAUACAGUGAGCCCCCAGAAGCACGUAUCCCCAAGAAACGGUGGCGUCUCUACCCCUUUAAAAAUGAUGAGGUACUCCCUGUCAUGUACAUCCAUCGACAGAGUGCUUACCUUUUGGGUCGGCACCGCCGCAUCGCAGACAUUCCCAUUGAUCAUCCGUCGUGUUCAAAACAGCAUGCAGUCUUCCAGUAUCGGCUUGUGGAAUACACACGUGCUGAUGGUACUGUUGGCCGAAGGGUAAAGCCCUACAUCAUUGACUUGGGCUCAGGCAAUGGAACUUUCUUGAACAACAAGCGCAUCGAGCCACAAAGAUACUAUGAACUAAAGGAAAAGGAUGUGCUUAAAUUUGGGUUCAGCAGUAGAGAAUAUGUCCUACUGCAUGAGUCAUCAGAUACCUCUGAACUAGACAAGAAGGAAGAUGAGGAUGACUACGAGGAGGAAGUAGUUUCUGACAGCUAGCAAACUACUCACUGAAUGAGUGAGAUACCUUUUCCUUCUUGGAACACUUUAGGAUGGCC